AUGUCUGCCACCUCUCUGAUGUUAGAGCUGUCCUUAGUAGACAGGAGUAGAAAGAAUGGGGAGGUCACUAUAUCCACUCUGGGAGCCUGUUCACAGGGUAGCAGUCAUAUCAUAUGGAUGAAGGGUACAUCACUCUUACCAGAAGUCAAAAAACACUGAAUUGCUCUUGAGGGUUUGUUUAGUAGGACAGGAAAACCAAGACCAGUGAACUCACAAUGCUAUGCCGUACAGGCCUUUUGACAGCUAGGAUGCAGGGCUGUCAUUAACAGGAGGGGGCUGGGGAUUUCCCUCAGCUACUAAGAACGGGGCCCCCGACUACUUUCAUAGGAAGAAAGAACAAAAACAGAACCAAAAAAAAUCUCUAGCUAUUUGAUUCACUCCCUCCUUGUUGUAUUUACCCGGCAACCAGGACAGCCCUGUAGGAUGGGAUAAAAAAUCAGAAAUUAUGCUGCCUUUUCAAGGCAGACUGUGUGAUAAGAAUGGUCCAUUAUGUGAUAAAUUAUUUGGCGCUUAAAUCCUAGACUGGCUUCGUUUGACAGCAACACCAUAAAUUGCCCAGUUACCUGUCACUUCAUUUAAAGGUCAGCUUGCUGUCUAGUGUCGUGACAGUUAUUGCUGAGGGUAGGAAAAAACCUGAUGGCUUGCUGACAUGCAAGUAGAUGUCUUUCCAUGGUGCUUAUUGAAAAAAUGUGUCACAACCCUUUUAUCUUAUUGUUUCUUUUUUAUCUGUCCAUUCCAAUGUGGUGUUUAAUCCAUUUCUGUGAAAUUCUUUGGUAAAUGAAUUAUGAUGACUUUUGCUAUUCUUGUGAAUCCAAGAUUGGCAAGUUAGCAAGUUAGACAAUGUUGUGAAUUGCAUGCUCUGAAAACCAUCUCCAUCCCUAGACUUAAGUCUUCUUUUUUUCCUGAAAUGUCUUUCAGGUCAGCUUUGUUUUCUCAGCAUUUUAUAUUGUUCCUUAUUCAACUGCCAGUUAGAAAGUCAGCAGUCUGCGCAUGUCUAGUCAUUAAUCCAGUUUUACACUAAUUAGCCCAUGUUCACUGUCAUAUACCAUUGUCAUCGGUAGUAUUUUAAUUCUAUACUAAGAAUUUGUCAGGAAUAUGUUUUAACAAUUCUAGUGCAAAAAUAGACUAUAUCUAGAUUAAACAAAUGCUUGAGGCAAGCAAUUAGUACGGUUUUCACAUUUUUCACAGGGCUCCAAAAAAGGCCCAUUCAGUUGGCCAGGAUAAGUAGAUUUUCUUGGUUGACUGAUUAAUUUUUAAGAAAGCCCAUUUGCUCAAUGGGCAUGAGUAUUGCAGGCAUCGGGCCAGCAAAUUGUGAGAACUGAAGUUCAAGUUGGUGUUGUUUGUUUGUUUAUUGUUGUGUUUUUUGAGCCCUGUUUUUGCACAACCUUAAUUGGCACAAAGCUGGAAGACCACUUUCCAAGUACUCUCAACAUUGACAUUAUGUUACAGGCUAUAGAUUUUGGCUUCCCACUCAGCUCUAGCCGAAGGAUUGUCUUGAGAGGAAAGUGGAAAAAAAUAUUCAAGUACAUGAAUUAAAGUGAACAUACACAAAUCACAUGCCACCGUGCAUGAAUUAAAUGUCUCUUUUGAUUUGAAGUAUACGUCUAUGUUAAUGAUGUUUUCUUAAGAGGGUUUGCCUUGAACAAAACUGCAGAUAAAAUUGUUCAAAUAAUUUACAUUCUAAGAGAGAAAGUAUACAAAUUGUAGAAAGCUAACAUCAGUAAUGAUUUUCGUGAGUGAAGUGUAUUAUUAUUAUUAUUAUUAUUAUCAUUAAAAAAAUAUAGAUUAUCAAAAACACAAAAACAUGAAAUUAUUUCCUUCUAUGGCUUUGAACAGAGAAAAGAAAGUGUAACUGUGCAUGUGUGCACAGGGUAUGACAGUCCAAUAGCUAGUUAGUCUGCUAAUAAAUUAAAUGUUUUCAUUAAAGUUUGUUCUAUAGAACUGUACGGGGACUUCACAAAGAAGAGUUUAAUCUUAUUAGCAACUUACAUAAUAAUUACGUUUUGUUGGCCAUUUGCACAUCAACUGUACCUAAGAUAUGGGUUGCCUUUAAUUCGAAUUCAUGUCAUCAGGUUAUUUAUUAUUAGCUUGAAUCACCUCUCAGAGAGUUUUAAAGCUCGCAGAGUGAAAUGACAAAUUAUAUAUUUUACUUAACAUAGUAGAGUGUAAUAUUGUUAGUGACUUUCAUUGUUUAUUUCUAUACUACGCUGUACAUGUACUUAAGAUCUGCAAUGUCUUUAUGUGUUUAACUAGGAAUAUGUACAUGUAAAUAGAUAUCUCUUUCAAAAAUUUAUGUCAUCAGGAAAGCCUUAAAGCUCACUGAGCUAGUUUGAUAAACUAUUUACAAAAAUAGUAAUAAUUAAAGAAGUAACAAUAAUAUACUCCAUGAGUGCGAUAUUAGUUUUUCUCAUGUAAACUCUCAAGGCCACCGUUAACAUAUUGUAGUAUGCACCCUGUAGCACAAUAUCUAUGAAAAUAAUGUUUAAUACAGUUUUAAUUUGCUAUUUUGUUUAAAAAUUGGAAUUGUUGAAGUUGUGCUGAAAAGAAUAUUGGCUUGUACUGUACAUGUAUGAUGGUUAACUUUGAGUCAAACUUACUGUUGUAAAAUAACUUUUCACGGUCAGAAUAAUUCUCGCAGUUCAAGUUAGUGCAGAUCAUUAAAGAUAAAUAAUACUAGUUUUGUCUCAAGUUGUCUAGUUACGAAAGUAAAGAGAACUUCUUUAUGGAAAAUACUGAAUCAUAAACUGAAGCAUGAAAUAUGGCAUCCUAAAAGUAUAGUUUUCUUUGUAUAAUAAAUUGCCAUGUUCAGCAUAAACAUGUUAGCUAUCACAGUAAUGUUUUAUUUUACAAAUUUGUGAGAUACACAAUAUUAUUUUGAUAUUCUGUAAGUAAUAUUCGAUUUCCUUUUUUCCCUAAAUAUUCCAUUGUUGACUUUGGACCUUAGCGAAAAUUUGUUUUUGGUUUUAAUGAUAAAUUGUCAUAUAUGCUGUGGUUUAAUUUUACCCAUGGUUUAAAUCAUAUUUUUAUUUGAUUCAGAUCAGGGGGUGAUAUGUAUCAUAAUGAGCUUGAAACAAAGACAAUAACAUCUAAACCAAGGAUAAAAUUGAACCACAACAUAUGUGCUACAGGUCGAAAAUACAUUCAUCUUAAAAUGUUCUAACCUAGGUUGAUUCUCAAUUUUCUUUCUAGCCCUAAUUAUUCAUGAAUUUGGGCUAGGAAAUGAAAGAGGGUUGAGAAUCAACCUAUGUAUAGGUUAAAAAAUUUUGACCUGAAUUUAUUUUUGAUCUGUACAUAUACAUAUUGUUAUUAUUAAUAUUGUAAACUGGAGAUCUUAUGUGGCUGGCUAGAAUAUUUUGAUGUCCAUUUUUGUGUAAAGUUCUAUUACAUGCAUGCGCUAUAUGGUGAAAAUGUAUUGAAAUAUUAUUUUAUUAUUAUUAUUUUAUUUAUACUGAGUGUAUUUUUUUAUCUAUGGUAAUAUUUUCUCAUAUUUGUAGCUUAUUUACAUACAGAAUGGUAGAUAUUGAUUGUCAGUGAAACCUCUAUCAAUCUUUGUUCCUGUCAGCCCUUUUAAGUGUACCAUUUUAAUCUCUUGAGAGCAGAGAGCUGCAGAGUGUGCACACUGCUAACUGGAUGGAGAUAGUGAGAACGUAGUUUUAAAUAAUACUCUCACAAUAUUGAUACCAGUGUAUUUUCAUGAUCUUUAUUUGCAACAUCAUUUCCAGGCCUUUGUCCUCUUCAUUUUUUUUAUUUCUCAUUAUUAUUAUUAUGAUUAUUGUUGUUAUUAUUAUUAUUAUUAUUAUUAUUAUUAUUUGUGGUAGUUAUCUGUUUUAUUAUUAUUAUUAUUAUUAUUAUUAUUACAGAUGUGUGAAAUUUGUAAACCUAUCCAUGAGCUCCCUUGGCCUUUUCUCUGCCAAAUGCUCCACGUUCUUAGACAUGAUGAAUGACAUUGGCAUUGACAAAAAGCAGCAACAUUAUAUAAUCAACAAAAUUAUAAAUAUAGCUAUUAGAUCAACAUAUUUCAUCUUUUGUUGUAGAAAUAGGAAUUCGGAUAGGUCAGACUUAACGCAAUUUUGAUUUUCUGUUUUUUUAUGAAUUGUUGUGAAAUUUUUUUUUUUUGGAUUUUUUAAAAUUUUUUUGUGAAUAAUUCAAUCUCAAACAGCCAAUAAGUAUUGUAAAUUGCCUAUACAUGGCGAGAUUUACGAUUGUACAUUCCAAAACAGAAAUAAAGUUUCCAUUAUUAUCAUUAUUAUUACAGUGGAACCCCGUUCAUACAGUCAGCAAUGGGCCAAAAAAUUUUGGCCAUAUUAAUGGGUGACCGUAUUAACGAGGGUUUUUUACAAAAUGUAUGGCCGGUUUUCCAGGCACCCCAAAAAAAGUGGCUGUAAUAAUGAGGUGGCCGUAAGGUAGGGUUCCACUGUAUUUAUGUCAUCAUUAUUAUUAUUAUGAGCUCCCUUGGCGUUUUUUCUGACAAAUGCUCCACGUUCUUAGACUUGAUGAAUGACAUUGGCAUUGACAAAAAGCAGCAACUUUAUAUAAUCAUGAAAAUGAUAAAUAUAGCCAUUAGAGCAACAUAUUACAUCUUUUGUUGUAGAAAUAGGAAUUGGGAUAGGCCAGACUUAACGCAAUUUUGAUUUUCUUUUCUUCUUCUGCUUCUCUUUGUUUUUUUUUUGAAUAAUUCAAUGUCAAGCAGCAUUUGUAAAUUGUCUAGACGUAGCACAACAAGAUAACAACAAAUAAAAGUUUCCAUUGUUAUUAUAUUCAUUUUUUUAUUCUUUGCUGUGCUUUAUUAUUUAUUAUUAUUUUAUAAGAGUUAUUUUAACCUUUGACAGUUGAGUUCAUUAUUUUGUUAAUUUUCUAAGGGCGCACAUCAAAUUUUUUUGUAGAAAAAAAAAACAGUCAUGACAUUGCAAGCUAGUUUACACACACGAUUCAAAAGUGCAUUCAAGUGAUUUAUCUCAGUUAAUUGUCAGAUUGCUUGGUGUUUUAGUUAUUGUUGUUGUUAUUGUUAUUGUUGCUGUUCUUUUUCUUUUUUUUUUGUGAAGACGUGCAUCAUUGGAAAUCAUUGUAACCAAUAUUUUAAAUAUGUAAAUAUAUCGAUGGAUACAUUAAAUUACAUCUUUGUUUGUUAUUUUGUCUCUUAAUAUUGGUUUUUUUUUUUUAAAAAAUGUCUUAGACACGAGGCAUGACUUGCUCAUGACUAAGCAAAAUUUCAGCUUACCUGGGAUAUGAUUUGCAUAUGGAACAAAAAAUCUGCUUUGAAAAAAUCUUUAACUUUGGUUUGUUAUUAUAUAUAUGUUGUUUAGUAAAUAACUUAAAGGUUGUUUUAAGUUCAUUGUGUCACUUGUCAUAGUCCUUGUUCUCGGGGUGGGGAGGAAGUUGUUUUACAGAUCGUGGGUCAAAAUUAUUUCCUCUGAAGUGGAAAGAAAUGUUAAACAAUUACAUGCAUAGCAACAGGAAACGCUAAACUGUAUUUGGAAAAACCAGGAAAUACUUUCAGCUCGGCCCUGUUACAUUAUUCCGGUUUAUUUUAGUUUUACAUCUUAUGAUCACGUUUUUUUCUUGCCAUGUGUAAGUUUAUUUCCAGUGAUAUCAAAAGAAUAUUUUUGAAGGGCUAGAGUUGUACCCGCAUGCGACAAGCGUGUAAGAACUGUCAAAAUGAAAAUGAUCUAUCAAUGACGUUUUCCGCAGUCACGUGUCCUUGCUAAACUUAAACCUCAUUUGUUAUGUGUGGCGAUGUCAGUGUAAACUUCAUCUACAAUGCCCGUGACUGAAGUACAGGUAUUUUUGAUUUGUUUUCGUCAUUUGCCUCUAAAAUUUUCCCCAGACCUAGCCAUAUAUUUUUUCAAUCCUUGAGGAAUAUUUUGAGUUAAAACAAACGCAUAAAUCGACUAUUUAGACGUGUAUUCAAUCAUUUCAUUUUUGUAGCAUACCAUGACAGAAUUACUGCCUAACUGACUUUAAAUUAUUGAUUUUAAUUUUCAGUGGAUCGGUGCCAGUUGUGGACGGCACAGCUCAUAUACCUUCUACAGAGGAUUCAGAUUAAUUGCCGAUGGAGUAGAGAAAAAAUUCUGCCUGGGAGAGUUUUAUUUUGUGAGGAAUUCCACAAAUCAACCGAUAUGCAUAGCUGAGCUACAAUUAGUUUGGCACGAUGCGAGUACUGACAAUCAACUCGCUUCCGCGAGACUUUAUUUCAGACCCGAAGAUACUCCGAUAGGUCGCCUUCCAAAUCACGGACAGGUAACUUUUUUAUAAAUUUAUUUUCCCGGCAUUUUAAUUUAUUUUUUGCGCUUAGAUUUGGCGUUUUGAAGUCCCGAAAAGAGGCGGUAGUUAACAAAUCUGAAAACGCUAAAAAUUUGUUUGUUGAAGUUAUAAUGCUUCAUUGAUUUUGUGAAGACGUUGUUAAAAGUUCGCUUCGUUACUGGGUUUAUUUUAACCGUUUAUGGCCUCAAAGAUUAAAAAAAUAACGCUUUUAUUAUUUUUUAACUUAUUUCGCAUUAAUUGUUAAAAUUUCAAGCCUUUACGAAAAGAAAUCAUAGCGCUAUAAAACGGAAUAUUUAAGCCCAGUGUGACACGCUUUUGUAGUCUAUCACUUGUGUGUCCUAUAUUUAGAUGAAUAUUUAUUAGACCUAGGAAAAAUAAUGUGCCUAAAAUAUUUUGGUUUUUUUAGUAAUGAUACUUAAGUUCUAUUUCACUCAAGUGUUACUUUAGAGAAAAACGGGUCGGUAAAUUGAAAUUUGGCCUUUUGUUUCUAUAGCGCAGGGCGAGGAAGUUAAAGAAUUCCCAUGUGCUGUUGAACUUCAUUAAAUUUCAUUUCUUAAUUUUAAUAAUGACCGAGCUGAUUUCAUGGUAUCUUAAUUGGCUCAAUAAGCUGUUUAAAAAAUUCAGCACGUUAGCGAGUUACUCGUUAACUUUUUCUGUGUGUUUUGGUUACACUGUAGCAUUUUAUAAAGAACAGCAUGGCCGUUUCUUGUAAUGAGGUUUUUACGACACCACUACGCAAUUUAUAUUCAUGAGGUCAUAUCAGUAAACAACGAUUUUAUUCAUUCCGCUCAGCGCACCGUACACACAAACCUAAUUUCGUUCUUCGAGUUAUAUGUGUAAACUUAAUUUUCAUCUAGCGACAUUUUUCACUAAUAUUUAAAUAUUUAAAUUAAACUCAAUAAUUUUAAGCUAUAAAGCAGCGAGCGGUGUUUUGACAUGAACAAUAGAGAUUGAUUUGCAUUUUCAGCGCUGCAAGUCAAAUUCACUCACGACGUUUCCGGUCAAAAGAUUGGAUUUCAGUUGGUUAAGCGUAUUUUAUUUUUAGCGAUUAUUUCGAUUUCAUUACAGUAUUUUGGUUUUUAGCAAGGCGAGUUGAAACCUGUUUUCGUGGUGCAGUUUCGACCAGAAAAUUAUCGACAUUGUAUUUGUUAAAAGAUGGCACCUACUAGUACCUUACGACAGAUGCGUAUUAACGAAACACAAUAGAAAAUAUUUAAAUAAAAAUAAUAACCUGCCUUUUAGCUUUAGACAUUAUGUUAAUCGGAUUUUUUUCCUCCCCUCUUUCUAACUGUUUUCGGUUCCAUUUCGUGGUCUAAAAAUAUUUAAUUUCAGUUUUGCACUGAUUGGAAUAAUUUGGACCCUUUUCAAUUGUUUUUCAAGCAUUUGGUUGGAGAGCGGUACUUGUAAACAAAUUGUAACCACAUGGUUUUGAUAUUAAUUAGAAUUAGAAUCUAUAGAUUGUUUUUCUAGAGUCAUUGUGACAUGGAAUAUUUUCCGUCUUCAGUUUAUAAACUGAUCGGUAAACUGAAUUGUUAAUUUUAAUUGAUGUCCAUUUCAAACCAAUGUUCACAUUCACUUGUAAAUUUUCCUUGAUUACUUUACCUUUCCAUCACGUCAUCUUUUAUUCAGAGAUUAAAGAAAGCUUCUUACCUUAGUGCUUUUUUUUUCAUUUUAGAUUCAUAGAGUACACUUUUCAUAACUGGAUCCAACAUCAUUUACUUCUUUUCUACAUUCUGUUUUUUUUUGUGUGUGUGGUAGAGCUGAAGACAUAUAUAAUGACCACAUCUGUUUUGUGUCUAGCCACAAUUCAGCAGAGUUUGUCAUUUAGUGUCUCCGUGAUCCAGCAUGCACAUGAUGAAAAGUAGCUUAAAAUGUGUCUUCUAUUUGUUUAUGAGAAAUUUUCAGUGGCGUAAAACCUUCAUUUUGCACUUUCUUUCCAACUGUGGAAAAAUAAUUAAAGAAUGAGUGGAAACGUUAACGAUAUUAUUAACUGUUCAUUGAAUUUUUAUUCGUUAAUCACACUGUGCUACUAAGCUUUUUGACAAGCAUAAUUUAAUUCUUGUAAUUGGAACUGUGAAAAUUCCACUGAUGAAGAGCUAAGCCCAAAACAAUAUUGGACAUUGGAAAAUGUACCUCACCAUGUCUGAAAUAAUUAUUUCAUGCGACUCCGAGCAAGGGUUAAAAAAACAGUAUUUUUAGGCCAUGUAAACUUCGGAAAAUUGCGUGUCUGAAUCAUCAUUUGUUAUCUCCAAGGUUAAUGGGUUAAAUUAAAUUGAGCAUUCAGCACGUUCCCAAGUAGAUGUCUUCCAAAAGAUGACUUAUCAUUUAUAUUGCUUUUUUCAGAUAUUUUUUGAAUAAUUUUGUUAAGUUAACCAGAAUAAGGUUUUUGCACCCUUUUAUCACCCUAAUGCACCGAUCAGUGUUUUCCUCUGGUCAUCAAAACAGUAUGUUAAAUAGUAAUAGAUUGAAAAUAGUUGUGUGUAUAGGGACUUCAAAACAUUCUGUUUUAUUCUUUGAACAUUUGAGGCAGUUAACAGCGUCGAGAAGUGUAUUGUUUUCAGAAUAAUAUUUCAAUAAUAAUUGCAAUAAGUGCUUGACACAGUUCAUCAUUUCAUGAAGAAAAAACAGAGCAAGUAAAUUAUUCCUCUACACUUGUGCCCAUGAAAAAGUAGCUGAUUUUUAUCGGCCUUGUGUUAAUCAAGUUAUUAUAUUUCAGAAGUAAGGAGAAACUUCUCGUUCAACUUGCGACGUGAGAAUGUAAAACUAAAAAUGGUACAUUACCUUAACCUUGAAGGGUGUAUGCAUUGUGUAUCUCUCUAAAGAGUUAUAGUUGUUUUAAAGCUGUGUUUAUCUAGCAUCUCUUAAAAAUAAAUUAGUGGAUCUACUUUUUUCCAUUUGUUCUGAAAAAGGGACAGUUUUAAAUACUGUUUCUGAAAAUGCAUUAACCCCUUAAGUCCUAAUAGUGACCUACAUCAAUUUUGUCCCAGCGACGACAUCAAUAGUUUUUCAAAAGAGUGGUUAUGAGAAUUUAGUUUAAUAGAUGAUCAUCAAACGGAAAAUUCUUUGAUCUUUUAUAAAUUCUCUCAACUAAUUCCUAAGAAAAUGUUUGGAGAUUAGCCAGAAGAAGUUAGAUAUGAAUUUUGGGACUGAACACCACAUCUGUACAUAACAUGUACAGCCUGAGUAGUGACCUUAGAGAGCAUAUGUAAAAUUGUGGGUUGAAUCUGAUUUUUGUCCUUUGUUUCAGCAGAUACGGUAAAUCUUUUGUACUCUUCAAAGUUAAAUCCCCUAUAACAGUGAUGACUGACUGUAUAAUUGGCUUUGCAAUUAUCAUGUUUCAUUGUUGUACAUAAAUUUAUAAAAAAUACAUCUGAGCCCAGUUGUUCGAAGGCCAAUUAGCGCUUAACCCGCGGUUAACAUUAACCCUGGUUUCCUUUUCUUGUUUUCAAAAGCAUUUUCUCUGAUAAUUUUCUCUGUUAUUUUUAGAGCUGCCAAUCAUCAACUUGUAGACAAAAAGAAUUGAAACUGAAAUGCUUUUUAAGCUUUCAAAUCUGGAUUCAAAUCUCACACUAACCCUGGGUUAUCUUAACCCAGCUUCAAACAACUUGGCCCUGCAUCCCAAAAUACUUUCAAUGCCUGUUAAAGGUUUUGGAAAAGGAAACUUCACAACUAGUCUUCCAGUCUUCUAAACUUCUAGUCUUGCCUUGUAUUACUAAUAGAACUGAAUAUGUUUACAAGAUUGUGUACCAAAAUUACUUGAUCAUUUCAUUUUUGCCAUGCUGCUUGCCUGAGUUAAAUAUUUUUGAGUCUUUUGUUGACCUCAUUCCUUGGUGUAAAUUGCAUGUGCCUUUUUUGUGGAGUGUUGAUAGCGCAUAUACUGAUCAGCUAAACAGGGAACGCUAACAAGAAAUACCCAGUCUGCAUUGUCGUUAACAACAUUAGUUACAGUAACGUUCAAAAUGUGAGAAGUGAUUUUAUCACCAUGAUUCUAAGAAGGGUACAGUCAACUCUCUCUUAACGGACACCUCUAUAAGACGGACACCUCUGUAAAACGGACACCUAGAGUUGGUCCCUGCCUUUCUUUACUCCCUUUAUUUGACUCUGUAUAAGACGGACACCUCUCUAAGACGGACACUUAGUGCGGGUCCCAAUGUUGUCCGUCUUAGAGAGAGUUGACUGUACAUAUCUUUCUAGUCACAGCAAGCAGGUGCUCCGUCAAACGCCAGCAGAUAGCAGCAACAUAAGCCAGCCAAACCUGUGUUAAGCAGCCUUUUAGUGAAUGACUGCCCUCCUGAACAGAUCAUUUGUCUAGAAGUUCUUCUUUUAAGAUCACAGAAAUAUUAACCAUUCUGGCUACUCGUAAAUUCGAAGAAAAAAGUUUGUAUCUGGCCAAAUUUUCUCAAAAUUUAAACAUACAUUGAAUCCUAGGUCAUGAGAAUAUUAAUUUCUGUUGUAGGUCACUUCUGUGCUAAAGUCAUUACUAAUAAGUGCCGUUAUAUCUAUACACAAUGCUCCUGUAGGGUUAUGAAGAUGGUUAUUCCACCAAAUUUUUUGCAAGCAUAGCAAAAUAGGUCAACUUUUUCAAGUUUGAAGGGUCUGCUCAGUCCAGGUUUUAGUGAUGUACAUUUUUUCUGGAAAGCAUUCAGUGCAAUAUUUCUAUACACUGAAUUGUAUGGUAUAUAUUCAAGUUCCCAAAAACAGCUAUUUUAGGUGGAUGUGUCCACGGCAACACAGAGAUGCCAUUGCCAUUUUUACAUUUUCUUAAAUUGUGAGAAAUGGAGACGUUCGUUUUUAAAGUUCUCACCAGGCUUCUAGUUCAUAUAACUCUCUUGAUUUUUACCAAUUUUAAAGAAUUUUCAUGAAAGCAGCAAUUGUCAUUUUCAUUUGUUUGAAAUUUUUCUUUUCUACAACAAAACAAAUCAUAAACGAUGCUAUUUACAUCUCCACAAAUAGACAUUUACCUAGUCUGUAGGAACUGAACUUUGGCUUUAAAUUGUCUUGAUAGUUUUUGGUAAUCCUGUGUAUAAAUAUGAUUGUAAUCACUUCACCCGAUUUCUAAGGAUGGGAACAUAACAUUAAACAAGAAAAUGUGUGUUAUUAUUGUGGGGAGCCCAAAUUUUCUAACAUAAAAAAUACAGGGUGCAAAGUUUAAGUUGUCCCAAAAAACAUAAGACUCUUUAGUCAGUCAAGGACAAAGGGAAGCCACCAGGGCUACUGAGGCUACCAGCACUGUCACAGCCUUCGUCCUGGAAUGUAAAAGGAAAAGCCCAAUAUAUUUGUCAAAAUAUCAUUUAAAGGCUAGACAUCGAGACUAGAUCAAUUUGAAUAGAUGCUUAUAUAAAGAUGUAAAUGCUGAUCCAAGAUCAAUAAUAAAUUAGCAGCAAAUAUUUACUUUUCAAACAUUGAGGAAAACCAAAAAUGAUUUAGAUUGAAAGUGAAAGCAAGAAUCAGGAUUAGCCUUUAUUUAUUGAUAUUUGUAAAUUAACACCAUUGAAAGUUGAAACUUAUUAAGUUAUUGCAAGUGAAUAAUAUGCCCACACAAAAUGUGCAUAUUUUCAAAUGAUAUUUGUAUCCAGAGUGUAGUAGUUAUUAUUUUUUUGCCAGAAAUAUAGUGCACUGGGCAGUGAUGAUUACUGUGCUAUAACUUUGUUAAUGCCAAAAACAAUACAAAAUUGUAUUAAAUACUGCAUCAGAAAAGUAAUGUGAUCAAUUUUGACUGGAUAGACCCACACAUAGCUCUGUUGUCUUUCUUAAAUCAAUUUUUAAGGAUCAGAAUACUUAUUUCUGUUGUGAGAGAAAACAAAUAUUAGAAUGUAUGGGGGAGGAAAUCUGUAUUUCUAAACAAGACAUCUGACUUACCUUUUCUCAAAACUUAGUGAAGACUUGGGUAAUCAUUCAGGUUUCCUGUGAGCCAUGUAGAGUCAUUUGUAUCAAUUACAUAAAUGUAUAUUUCAUUGAACUGUCUGAGAAACCUGAUGCCAAGUACAACAAAGUUUUGGUUUCUUUAGCUAGCCAUUUAAUCUGACCAAUGGAAGCGGUCAUGUGUCUGCUGGCUGGAUUACCAAUAAUGCCAUUAGAAGAUGAGCAUUUUGAGGUUUUUAACCUUGGCAAGGUUUUUAAGAUAACAUUGUAUGCUGUACUUAGAGGUCAAGGUAGCUUAUAAUUUGGCCAUUAAUAGAAAUAUGUUCUUUUUUUUGUCUCCUUUAUUCCUUGAUACUACAGUGUAGCACUAGAGUUAAACCACAAGAAAUGACUUUUUUUGUGGCAUUUAUUAUGACUGCUUUAUCUCUGCCGCAUGGUUACAUACUUUUGCCUGUCAGUGAUGUCUUAGUUUUUGCACAAAAAUGAAAUGUAGGAUACCCUGGAUUUCAUUUUAUUAUUUUGACUUCCUACUAUGGCAAAUUUUCCUAGAUUACAGCUUUUUAUGUGAAUUCUUAGUUGUAUCAAUUUUUGUUGUAGUGGGCAGUCAUUAAAUUUACAGGUCAAGGAUGUGCUCUUGAAAGUUGGCUUUACACAGGCAUCUCCCUGUCCAUUCCUCCCAAAUCCCCCCUUGCAAAGUUGAAAAUAAUUGUAUACGGUUGAGUUCUGUCAACAGACACUUGUAACAAAUGCUGUGGAUAGUGACCUCCUUCCAGGAUUAUUCUUCUUCUGAUAAAGAUUGAGCCUGGUGAUUAUGUGAAAAUGAUGAUUUUUCAGUCACAGUGACGUGGAAGAAAAAAAAUCCAAAUACAAUCGCAAAACCUCUUCGAAUGGCCACCUCUGGGGACGGCCAUUUUUUUGGCGGACAGUCCAUACAUUCACUCUUGUUUCAACCUCUCUACAAUGGCCGGCCACUUUCUUCUUUCCCCAAGGUGACUGCUGUGGAGAGUUUCAUCUGUACUGGCUCCCAACAGGGUCAAACCUAUGACCUUCUGGUUUAUUGUUACUGGGCCAGAUGCUCUACCACCAAGUUACAACAGACUCAUGAGAUCUAAGGCCUCUAAGCAUUGUAGGUUCAUUCCACAUUCUAGUCCUAGCGCUAUGUGGCAUGUUUGUCACAUAAACCCAGCUUAGUGGCCUUUGCUUCCUUGUGUCUCUUGGAGAUAGUUGUAGAGCAUCAAGCCCGGGUGUUGAAAAGUUGGAUAGUGCUAUCCACCGAAUAAAUCGCUAUCCAGUGGAUAGGUAUUACAAAACACUGUCACUGACUGGAAAAUCACCAUUAUAUCAAGUCUUUUUCUGUUUCCCAAGGGUGGUGGUGUCUGGUUUACAAGGGCUUAAACUGUUGUGCUUAACUCUGUCUGAUGUUGGCUGUUGAUCUUACAGGAUGAGCUACUCUAUGCUGACCAGAAAGUUGUCAUUAAAUGCCAUGACAUGGCUCGCUGGCAGGACUCUGGCAUACAGUGGAACAGCGGUAUGAUUCCAUUAUAUGAGAGUGACUUUGUUUGCAUUAAUGACAAAUACUAUCUGGACAGCCACUAUGUUGACAAGGAAAGAGAAAGACAGCUUAAAGCAUCAGAAUCUUGGAAAAGUGGCGAUCAACCACGCAGUCUUCAUAUCCUCACAUUUCCAGCCUACUGUCGUUACAGAGCUCUUAAGAGGAGACUCUUGGCUGGUGCUUGUUUAGCAAAAGCUCAACUUGUUGCUUUGGGUGGUGUGCUUGGAAAUCAAACCAGCCAAAGGGUCUUGUUCUGUAGAGAUAGCUUCCACCAUCCUCUCUUGGAUAAAUUUGAACUUGCUGGUGAUAACAAAGGUAUGUACUCUAUAUGCAUGCAUGAAUGUGUAGCCCUGUAUCUUUUGACUGACAUUGUGAAAUUAAAUAUCAAAUCUAAUUUAAGUGAUAAUGCCCUAGUAGUGACAGUGAUCUUGGCAGCCAAACAUUGCUGAAGAACUGAACUGCUGAGAAUAACAACAGAGUGUGAGACAACAGAGAGAAAGACAACGGAGCAAGAACAGGAUUUUUAAAAACUAGCCUCCUUGUGUCGUCACGCAAUGCCCUCCCCACCCCUCUAGCAAUCAGAGUUGCAUGACGACACAAGAAAUGGCUGUGUGGGAGACUACAUUUAGACCUGUGACCUAAACAAUCAACCCUUUCCACAAUCAACAGAGCAAGAGCAGGAUUUAAACUAGUCUCCUUGUUUUGUCACGCAAUGCUCGCUCUCCCCAUUAGCGUUACGUAACGACACAAAAAUGGCUGUUAGAGGAGACUACAACUGAUACUCAUCAAAAAUCUUUGAAACAGACACCGUCUCUUUACCUCUCUUUCCACAAUGUUCAGCCACGUGUAUUUAGUAGCACUGAGACGACUGUUAUACCCAAAUCAACAUCAUGGAAGGUGAAACGCGUACGUGUUUCAAGAUUUUUGACGAGUAUUGUAGAUUUAGACCUGUGACCUAAACCAUUGGUCAUUUUGCGUCCCCCUUACAUUGCUUACAAUACUUUUCUCUCCUUCAGCACCAGUUCUGAAAGGUAGACCAAGGAAGAAAAAGAACCUCCAUGCAGCACAGAACAGCGUUCUCAAGAAAAAACGACUGCUAGCAGAGACUCAAAAUCAUGUGACAAACGCACCUGCAGCGAAGAGAUGCAAAAUAUCUGAGCAAGAGGAGGCGGCAAGAUCGGACGUGUCAGAAAGAGUGCUAGAGAGAAUUAAGGUGCCGCCUGUGUCACCGAGAGCAGUACAAAACAAUGUCCCUCCUCCUCUAGUUAAGCCUAAAGUGCAUGUGACUUCUACAAAGCCUUCUGAUGUUCCUAAUGCUGUGGUUUCAAAUGCGCCAUUGACUAAUACAAAGGCUCCCCCACCCCUAAUUCCUUCAGACAGGCUUAAAGGUGUUGCUGUGACUACAGAAUUAAGUCAUGAGCAAGCUGACAUGAAGGUGAACGAGUGUUCCCGAACCACGCCAAUGCAAAAGCAGAUUUACCCCACCGAUGCAAAGCUCAGGAAAACUGAUCAGCUCAAUAACAAUAAUAAAAUCAACAGUGCUUUGCUGGUUAAGUCACAUUUGAGUGAUAGCAUUAAGCCGAGUCUGACAUCUGAUCCUCUCAAAAGUGUGAGUUCGUCGUCAGAGAUUAAAACUGGCAACAUACUUAAUUCGUCCGUGAGGGACAACCACGGUUCAACUCAAGCGCCUGCAAAAUCUGCUACAAAUACCAGCAGCGCAGAACACCUUAGAACGAGAAUCCCAGGAGUUCAGGCAGAAGCGCUUUCCAGUUCUUCCUCCACCACCCGACCAGUAGCCUCAACACAGGGAACUGUUGGGACUCAGUUGGCAGUUUCUGUCAGUCCUGCAGUGCGCACUCAACCUGUCGCAUCUUUGCCGCAAACAGUUUCCAGCGCACACACGAUUGGAUCAAAAACUUAUCAGCACUUGGCUCCUUCAGCAGAGUCUGUUUCAACCUCAGGGAAACCUAAUGACGGCUUGGGUACAGAUGCUGUCAGGGCAAGAGAUAGUAAAGAAAAUGAAGGACGAGAGUUUAGAUUAGCUACGGAAGGGAAAAGAGAAUAUGAAAAAUCUCAAACUGAGGAAGCUGUUGCUUGGAAAAAGAAGAUGAAAAGAUUACGUAUGCCUGGCAAUGUCAAAGAUGAGGUUAGUAUUCUUCUUAAUUGUAGGCAAAUUUAGAAAAGCACAGUGUUUACAGUGGCAACGGCCCUCGUAGAUCUAAAGACCGAAUUAACCAAUGGCAGAGGGGACAAGUUAAGCACCAGAAGUUGCGUUUAGUCCUUUCCCGCGCGCUUUCGCUUUCUGACUUGACGCUGCGUUGUCUUUGUUAAAAUUAUAUGAUCGCGAGCUCUCUUUUUUUCCUUUUGGAAGUUACUCCACGCAUAACCCAUGUGCUCGAGCCGCGUCGAAAUCACUUUUUGUAAUCAUAAAUAAAUAAAUAAAUAAUGGUAAUGUAGUUGUUUGUAAACGCGCUGGCUAGGAUGAGAACUUGAAGAAUUUUAAGGCAAAAGGUGGCCUGCCAGCAGUCAACUGCUGUUAGUGCUCGUGAUACAGCUAUUGGUGUAUAUUAUAUUCUCUCCCAAUGCAAUGAAUGCAUUCGUAUCAACUGUUAUCGUUCUGUUACAUGCAGUAGAUUUUUAGCCUGACAGGAUGUAAAGUUGGCGCCCCCAGUUUCUAAGUUCAGUUGGUUGAUGGCUUGAGACCCAUUAAAAACAAUACCUAUUCUAUAAUUCUCAUUUUGAGGGCCACCAAUGGAACUCGUGCCAUCUUGGUUUCACUGCUGAAGUCGUUGUUCAGAUGUGUAAACGCCGCCGCCCCCCCCCCUUCCAGAUCAAAGGAAGAUUUAAAAUGUUUUGUAGUAGUUUUGAGAUGAUUUUGUCAUUGUAUUUUUUGCAUCUGUGGACAAAUUCCUAUGGUGUUACCAUUAAAUGGACACCUUCGGGAAAAAUUUUCAAAGCAAAGUACUAUUUAAAUCUUAAGAAUGAACAAAAAACCAAAUUGUUGGUUUGGUUACCAUUCAACGGAUUCAACCGAUAGGGUAUUUGUGCCUAACUAACCCUAGUAAAGGAUAGUGUGUGUAGUGUGAAGGUAAGUUUUGUGGUUCCCUACGGAAACUCGUAAUUUUGUGUUGCGAGGGAAUCAUGAAUAUUGACUUGAGUUUUUCUUAUUUAUAUAUCAAUUUUGAAUAAUACAGGAGUAUGAAGAUGAGGACGAGAAGUACUUCAUGCAAACUCUGCGAGACUUCAUGAGAAAAAAUAACCAGCCACUGGGAAAGCUGCCGGCACUUGGCUUCAAAAAAGGUAAAGAGGCGAUUACCAAUUGAUUUGACAAGCCUGUAAUUAGACUGUCUGAAUCUUGUUUCAUUUCCGUGCGUGGAUAUUAAUCAUCACAUCUCAUCCGCGGCCGAAAAAUUGACUGCUGUUAUCAUGUUAACCACAAAAAGGUUAGCCUGCGAGCAGGCUCUCCGGGGCGCUCUGGCGCUCCGCUUCCACAGCGCCCCGGAGAGCUUACUCGCAAGCUACAAGAAGGUUAGCAAGAUAACAGAUAUUGUUUGACUUGAUUAGUGGGCUCCGUUGCUAUCGACGGGAGAGAAGUAGGAAGAAGGAUAGUAGAAUUUCUCCUUUCUCUCUUCUCUUUUCCUUCUCCACAUUUUUUUCACCGCUCAUAAUCUUGAGCCUCGAGCAGAGCGCUUAAUUUAUCGGGAGAGGCAGAAAACGGUACUUUGUCUGGUUUCUAACCAGGUGUCCCUUACGAAAGUGAGGACUCUUGCCAUCUCAUUUCUAACUGUUAUAGAUUAAGAAAUACACAGUUGCCGCCCUCAACUGGCCAAAGCGUAGAUAGUCUCAAUGGAGAGGAGGACAAAGUUGUUUGAGUUCAAUAGUUCUUAGAGAGAUAGAUAGUCAGCCUUCCACCAGUCAUAGUUUGUAAUUGGUUUUUCUCUUUGCAGUGAAUCUGUGGACAAUGUACAACACUGCCCAGAGAUUUGGAGGAUAUGAUGCGGUGAGUAUACUAUUACUUACUUAUUUAAAAGGAUGUGAUAUCGUGCGACAGACAACCUAGCGCUACUUUCAUUUACGUGAAGCCCAUGCGUUCCCCCCCCCCCCCCCCCCCCACUUAUUUUUUAGACCAAACCGAAGGGCCGAAUUUUUUUUUUGAGACCGGGGCCUGCCUUAUCUGAAGGUCUAGAUCCGCCACUGUGAUUUUAUCUUUCUACACACUUUACUCUCUGAUACUACACAGUUACAGCUCUUUAUCUCUCCUUUGAAGACCUUAGAACGAUUAACAUCAAUUUUCUCCAAACAAUAUCAAGGCAUAAUCAAGAGGAAAGGUUAGGAGAAAGACAAUCACCUUAGGGAAAGUACUUUCUUGAGGGAAAUGUAGGGAGAUCAUUCUGGAGGAUUUCUAAGGGGAUAUUCGGUCUUGAAGGGUUAACUAAAGAGUUAUUUUAUUUUCCCAGGUAACAAGCAAGCGUUUGUGGCGUCGCGUUUAUGAUUCGCUUGGAGGCAGUGCGACGAUUACAAGUGCUGCUACAUACACCAGAAGACAUUAUGAAAGGUAAAACCAUGGGCAUACUCAGCAUGACAUUCUCUAAUAGGCCAUUUCCGAGUCGCCCCAAGCCUCUGUUUCAUAGCGAAGUUAAGUAAAAAGCCAUGCCAUCUGGUAUGUAAAUGAUUUUUUAUCAUCAUGCAAAUGAAACUCAUUUUCACAAGCAAGGUUUUGCUCUUGGUCUUGUUUUGAAAGUGAGAGUUUUUGCAGCUAGGAAAUGGUCCAUUACCACAAUAACAUAUACUGUAUUUCGAAUUACUGCACGGUAACUGCGCAGCUGCUCCGUAGUUUACAAGCAAGUAUCUAUCGUAAUCAAGCCAGUAAUGUUCUGUUUAUUGAACAUAAUUCUAUUUUGUUCAUUUUGCGAAGCGUACGAUUUUCCUGCAGGGGUAUUCUUAAGGACCGUAUCUUAUCUCAGAAAAAGGCAAAGAAAAUCGUCCUUCAUUAAAACGUGACGUUUGGAAAUUUCACGUUGUAGUCGCGCAGUGAUGGGAAUGAGAAACGAAAAGUGACGUACAAUCAUAAGACAAAUUUCUUUUCUUUUUUACCUUCUCAUUGCCUUCGCCGUCGUGAUUGCAUAAGCUCCCUACUUCUUUAGUACGUGUGGCAUGUCUAUUCACAGCUGAGUUAUAUAGUUUAUAUUUGUUUUUAUCAUCCACGUUUGUAGGCUGCUGUUACCGUAUGAGAGACACAUACGAAGCCAACUCAAGAAACAGAUCGAUGAGAAAAAGCCCACCCCUGUGAAGAAGCCUGCUGCAAAAGAGGCUCCAAACAAAGUUGAGAAGAAGGAAGGACUUACUGUAUCCGCUAAUAGCACCCCAAAGCCUAGCCUGUGCCCUAAUACGGAAAAAGCAGCUACAGUGAAGCAGACUGAAGGAGGUAACCUAGCAAAAAUCCAGCGGAGCAACGCAGUUGUAUCUUCACCACCAGUAUCUCAUGUUAAGGUCAGCGUCCCUUCUGAUGCAAAAGAGACGGCUGUGAAAACAACGGAUUCAGUUCACCCAGUGCUUGCUGUUACAACAUCGGUCACCAGCAAACCACAUGAAGUCCCUAUCAGCUCUAUUAAACAUCACGAACCCACAACGCGAAAAGACGAGGUAAAGGUCACGGCAUCGCAACCUUUAGCCUUACGAACGACUAAAAGAGACGUGAUUCCAUCAGAACAGUUUCAGGCAACCUCUAAUCAACAGGUGUCCAACUAUCGAGUGACAAUGACGAGCAACGAGGAAGCCUGUGCAAGGACCAAUACAAUCUACACCAAGAACGCAGCUGCUGUGGGUGGCAACUCAAACCAACCUCAUCAUGGUGCUGCUCUUCAGAGGGUGGCACAUGAUGGAACCCCCCUGUCCUCGCAGCCCAAGAAGAUAAUUACUCCAGGUAGAGGAAGAGAAAUAAUCGACUUGACAUCUGAGGAUAGCCCUGCUCAGUCACAGGCGCGCAGUCAGUCUCUAUCUCAUGUUCAGCCUCCCCAGGCCAACCCUCUGGAAAAACCUCAAGUUUCAAGGCUAGUUAGUGAAAGAGACACUGAUGGAGGAAGACGGCACGCGUCGAAAUCACACUUAAGGAAAGAAUUCAACGAUGGCAGUUUGAGGUAUCAGUUGAACAAUGACGUUCAGUGUAGUAGAGAGAUGUCACCCGUCUGUGACAAGCAAGUCUACAGUAGUAAAUCUCAAGUGAAACCCAAAAUACCAACCAGUUCUGCGGUAACGUGGGUUGACAGCAUGGAAAGACGAUAUGCUCAUUCGCCCUCAUCAGACAGUGUUGAUGAGCAUUUUGCAGAGUGGCGUCGAAGGCAGACUAACAUUCCAGCGCAGAAUGUCAGCCAUCAAAGAGAACCAGGUCACCCCGACAGGAACAUGCUCAGAUACAAUUACAUCAAAGAAGAAAUCUGCCCUCCAGACUGCUCCUGUUUGCUGUCAGCGAGUAGAAAAAAUGACAUCUCGUCGUUGCCUCCUCCUCCAAAGCCAAAGAAAGAACACUACGAGGAAGACGUGCCUUUCCCUGGCAUGACACUCUACCCAGGAAGAUGGAGCCCAACCAUGAUAGCAGCUGAUCAUCCUGAUCUUUACUUCUCGUCACAUCCACCUCAUUUGCCAUCACCGCAAGACACGCUAGCGAGUCACAUGUGCACUGCAUCAAGGAUCUUCAUUCCAACAGCCCAGAUCUUUAGUCCCCCUUACCACUUAGGCUUGCCUCCAAUGGGGGGCGCUCCACUAAUUACAGGAACUGAUGAUCAGCUACACAUUCACCCACACCUUUUGAUGGGAUCGUCGUACCCCUGCACGUCAAACGCAAGAACGCCAGACGGUACACCGUAUUUGUACUCCUUCACUUAAAGAAUUAACCUACAGCUAAUCUCUGUUCACUGCAGUGCUGGAUCCAGAC